AUGGCAGAACCAUCAAAGGGGAAACCAUCCUCGGCUGAUCAAAAGAAGAAGAGCUCAUUUUUAGAUGAUGAAAUUGGUGAUGAUUUCCUUGGCUCCUGGAAAUCAAUGUCAGUAAUGAAAGAUGACGGGAUGGAUUUCAGCUUUGAUAAAGGGUCCAAAAGCAAGAAAAAGGUGUUGGACUUUGAUAAGCUGGAUAUGGAUUUCAAUCUAGAUGGUGACUUGGACAAGAUAUCAUCGUUCAAGUUGGACAUGUCUGAUUUUGACUUCUCAAGCCCUCCCAAGAAGGAUGCAGAAACCAAGGAAGUCGACAUGGCAGCCCUCGAUUUAUUAAGCCCUCCGAAGAAGGAUGCAGAAUCCAAGGAAAUUUAGCUGUCUGACCCUGAUUUAUCAAGCCCUCCCAAAAAAGCUGCAAAAACCGAGGAAAGCUCCGAAGAAGAACCAUCCAUUAGAAGCUGUCAAGGGAAACAAGAUCAUUUUAAAUUCUCUUUUGAUUUUAAUGAAUUAGAUAGCUUUGAUCUUGAUGCAACUUUGUCAAGAAGAGAGAAGAGUUCUAAGAACCAAGACAGCAGCAAAGAGGUUCUCUCUGAUGGAGCUGGGUGUGAAGGCUCUAAAGAUCAAGCUGCUGAACGAAAGGGUACACUUGACGGUGAAUUUGAGACAGUUGAUCGGGGGAAUACUAACUCUACAGACGAUUGUGCAGCAAAGUCUGAGAGCUCUGGAAACUUUGAAUUGAUACCUGGUCCAAGAUGUCAAGAAAGUAUAAUGUCUAAGAACAUAGAAGUGUCAAAUCAACAAAGUCUUGUACCUGAGAAGGAAGUGUCUAUAGAACCAUAUGCUGAACAGGAUUUACUUGAUCUGCCUGCUGAACUCGUAGGAAGAAUUGAUUCAAACGGGUAUGCUGGUGUAGAUGGAAACAAUGGCGACUGUCAGAUAAAAAAAGUAAAUACAAGUUCUAGUGGAAAUGAAGCUGCUAAUGACAAAAUGCUGAUAGAUGAUGGUCCCAAUAAUGAGGACUUGUCUCUUGACAAUUCAUAUCCAUUAGAUAUUGGUAGAUUGGGGAGCAGUUACGGUGAUAGGAUAAUGUCAGACAGUGAUACUUUGAUGGAAAAUGAUGAACCAGCCAAAGUUGAUUUGGAUAAUGGAGACACUUUAGCUACAGUGGUGUCCAGGAAGACACCACAUGACAUCAACAGGAUCAAGGGAAGCCAAAACUCAACCAUAACGCGUCCUUUGUCCACAGAGGCUAGUAAAUUCGCUGUUGAUAAAGUUACGCUGACAAAGGAAAGUGGAGCUGAAGAACUCAGCUUGAAGAUUUCUAAGAGAUUGGAAGAACCUCAGUUGUGUCAAUCGCCAUUAAUAGGAGCAAAAUCUCUCUUGUCUGGAAACAAAAAAAUUGGCUCCAUGUAUCUAAAGCAUGAAAUUGAGAAAGGGGUGAGUGUUAAUGCUGAUGCUGUACAACAUGGAAGCAAAUCACUCACUGCCCCAGUGUUGAUAGAUAAAGAAACGAAAGUCAGACAUGUAAUAGAUGGAAGGCAGAGCUCUGAUUCAGACGGUAAAUCAAAUGAGACCAAACUAGUUGGGGAUUUGCAAGUGUUUGACAAAGAAGUAACAGAAACGGAACCCGGAGCAGGAAGGGAGCAAAGAAAAAUUCUUAAAGAUAUCAGGGUUCAAGUGAGUUCUUCUAGCUCAAUUGAUAAGACAAGAAAAGAUAGAGACAGUGUAAAACCCAAGAUCAAGCUCCCAAGCGUGGAAAAAGAUGGUCCUGACAAAGCUGCACAGAAGAAAACCGACUUUUCAACAUGGAAAUUAUCCAAGAAUAUUGGUGGUAAUAAAAGUUCUUUGAGUGCUGCACCUCAAAAAGAAGCUAAAACCCAGAUGAUUUCAGAGCAAAACAAGGGGCUGCAACACAAUGUGGAAUCGGAAUCCAGGAAGAUUGUUGAUGGCAUUGAGAAAGUACCACAAAACCUUCCCCUGAAACGAAAAGCAUUUGAGCAAUUGAACUCAGGUUUAGCAUUCUUGAAGCCUCUCAAACGCCUCUCACUGUCACCAAGAGAAAGCAGGUUGUCUUCUACUGAACCUUCAGAAGGAACUAUUGAACAGGUUUGUCCUCAAGAGCACCAUUUGGAGAACAAGGCUAACAUGGUGAAUGUAAUGGAACUUGAACUUCCUUCAACAAUGGAAACUGAUGAAAAUGUUGAAAAGGCUGAAGCAUAUACCAAGGAGCUUGAAGAUGUGAGUAAUAUGCUGAGAAAGAAACAUGAGGAAGCCAAAGCAAUACUAGUAAGGGCUGUUGUGAACAACAAUAAUCUACUGAUGCUUAACCAUCCCAUCUAUGAAGCCAAGAUUCAUAAAGUUCAGAAAUUUGCUGCCAAACUGGCAUCCAAGGAGCUUCAAGUAUGUUGA